AUGAAUCCAGUUGAGGAAGUUCACAAGUGCUCUGAGGGCUCAGUUCAUCAAUCAAGCUCAGCCUUAAAUGAUGGAGAGGGUUCACCGGUGAAUAGUAGCGCAUCAUCUCCUCUGGAGAGGAGUGAAUUAUCAUUGUGCGGGGCUCAUUCUUCAUCCAAGUCGUUGCCUAUCCAUCGCCCUCAUUCUCCAACGAAUCACUCCCAAACCGCCUCAUCAUCACCUUCCGAUCCAUCCUUAUUGAUUAAAACAUUAACUUUAAAUCAUCAAUAUUUUGAUCCUAAUACAACUCGCCCCCAUUCAUCCUCGCUAAGUUUGAGUCCUCAAACAUAUGAAGAGACAACACAGAAAAGUGCUAUGGGAGAUGACACCACAACAGUCGGAGUCGAUGAGUAUUCCAGUGAAAGCGACAAUGAAAGUAGUAGGAAAAAGAAAGAAGAUACCAAAAGGCCCAAUGCAGAUGGCAUUAAUUGGAUGAAGAAUUUAGUGUUGGAGGAAUGGAGAAAGUAUGGAUUUAUCACCCAAACGAAGCGAGAUGCAGAAAUGUGGGCACAAACUUUGGCCUGUCCUGGAAGCGAGGCUCGAGGAAAUGUUCUAAGAAGAAUAAUGGCUGUGUUACGAUGGGGAGGUCUCUUCUAUCGACAGAAGGCUGUGGCUUUUGAUAAGAGAAAACAAAACGAAGAAUCUCAAGAGUAUCAAUUCAAAAAUUGGUCUGACACCACAUGGCCGAUCUGCACAGCAUUAUCACACGGUGGAAGAAUUGUCAUUCAGCUGCCAAAGAGUACGAACAAAGGGGACAAAUCUUCGCAUGAUUUUUCCUUUUGGAAUUGGUUAAUAACUGGAGACAAGAAGGGUGAUAUUGCCAAGCUGGUAACAACUUCGACAAGCGGAGAUCAUUGUCUCAAGAAGGGAAAGGUUGUGUUCAAACGUCUCAGUGCCACACAUGGGCUCGAAUUUGAAGAAAAUGAGAUACCGAUCAUGGGAGAAGCAAAAAAAGUGCUAAUUGAGCAAAAAACAAAAGGCUUUAGCCUUAGAGAUACUAAAAUGUUACGCUCUUCAGAAUAUACCCUUAGGCAUCAUAGACAUUGGGGAAUGAACAUUCCAAUGGGUGGUGAGGGUCAAAUGCUGUUAACAGGUGUGAAAUCAACAGCAAACGGUUCAAAUGGACAUUUAUAUUUGUAUCAUAUGGCUCCAAAACAUGAUAGUUACGGUGGGGUCAUGAUUGGCCUUGAAGGAAGUGAGUAUGGUAAAUUCGAUCAGACAGGAGAGUAUCAUGGUGUCAGUGCCAAAUCAAGUGCAUUCUCUCCGACAUUUGGAUUCAAAUGGCAUUCAAAAGAGCAUUUAGAUUUGACAAGUGUGAAGGGUCCAGGAAAAUACGACUGUAUGUACAUUGACCUCACCUCUGGAUGGGAUUACAUUGUCGAAAAGUUUGAACAAGAAUGGAAGGAUGAAAUGGUAAAGGAAACGUCUUUGAGAGCACCAAAUAAUCCCAUUGUAGCAACCAGAAAAUUCUCUUUCAAAUUCUCAGUAAUCAAUAUCAAGUCAACACAAAGAGCAAAGAAAUGGAGAGCCGCCGUAAAACAAAGGCAUGAAUUACCUGAUGCUCUCUCGCAUAAGGACAUGAUCGUUCAGUCAAGUAAGACCACCAAGUUCUUCUAA